CAAAACUAAAAGUUUGACCUCUGGCAAAGCUACUUUGACCUCUUGAUAAGAAUUUCAUAGCAUGCAUGGAGGCCCAGAUGGUCUCCACGUUGUCUGAAUACAUCCAUUUCGGGAAACGUCUGUUUAACGUCUUGCGUCUUUGGGUUGCACAUCCUCUCUUGCAUUAAACCAGUUUAUUUCCACCAUCUUUUGAAACUGCCGAUGUCGUAAUUCAACAAAGACCCCAGAUAGUCGGUUCGUCAUCAGUCCCUUUGGGCAGCAGUGCAUGUCGACCUCGUUCACGGAGAGAGAGGAGGAGCCGCGACCGGCGCAUCGCAUAUCGACUCCAACGGAUAAUUUGAGGCUGCCCCACACCAUGAAACAAAAAGGAUGUUGCUUUUUACAGCCCGCUUUGUACUGAUCAAAUAGUACUACAGAGGAAUCGUCUGAUGGGUCUUCAAUUGAGCACCGUGGACCGAGCAUUAAAUGAAAGCGUUUGGAUCUAGCUACAGGCUAUCUAACACCAGGCAAAUUGUGUUGUCGAGAGCAGUUUGUUGUUGCCCCGUGUGGAUUUGACGUCUGUGUGCUGCUGGAUGUUUUGGAAAAAUCAAGGGAAAUGGUUGUCCUAGAAAAUGGGCAGCUUCAACGAACUGGAGAAGUAUACGAAGUGUGACAUCACACUAUAGAGCAUACUACUCUGGGUUGCCCCGGUGUUGCAGCUUUCUGCAAGCUGCUCAGCAUCAGAACUUCCGCAAAAUGGAUGAGCUGUUGAAUUCCGAGCUCAGGGAGGAUGUAAAAGAUUGUUCGAUCAAGGUUGAAAGCCUCCCAAAGCAAGUCAUAUUCAAAGGUCUUGCCCCAAGGGUUGUAUUGACAAACCACCUCCUGCCCAAAGGAACCAAAUCUAAAGUAAACCUUGAGGAACAAGGGCGACAGAAGAUCUCCUUCAGCUUCACGCAGACUAAAAAGACACGUCAGAACUUAUUUCUAGCCCCACCAAGCCUGGAAGAAAGCGAUCACUCGGAUCCAUCACAAGCUGGGACCGUACCCACUACAGAUUUAGUGGGACACUGUAUUGAAAUUAAGAAUGUGGAUGUCAAUACUUCCGAUCUUGCAGCAGAGGGGGGGGAGUCCCAGACAACGCAUCCCCCAGUAUCCUUUGCUCUCAAAUCAAGACAUGAUCUUGGAAAGAUGCAUUUUAAAAAGCAGAUUCUCAGCGUUACUGUUGUUGAGGAUAACUCCAUUGUCAGCACUGCCUCAGGUGAGAUUUCAGAGCCGGUAGUCCCUUCUGAGUCAGACAAGAUUAGAUCUCCAGUCAAGGUUGGAACUGAAACCUCAUUGCAGCAGGAUCACAAGAACUCUGUCAUUGAUAGUUCCUCUGAAAAAGUUAUUAAUGAGGAAAACCCUCAGGAGAAAUUAGACUCAUGCCUUAAGGGUUCCGUUUCUUCCCAUAUUGGGAAAGGAGAUACAGAUUCGUUUGCCAUUUCUGAGCAUGAAGAAAACAGAAAAUCCCAGACCCGAUCAGACUGCGCUCUUCCAGGUUCAGAGUCUGACGGGGAUUCAAUCAGGACAUCUUCUAGUCAAAAGUCUAGUGAUCGCAAAAAUAUAAAUAAAUCUGAAUCCCACAGUAAUGAAACAAAAAUAUCAUUGAAUUCCAAAGUGGAGGAGUCUGAAAAAUCAAGGUCUGAUAGAAGGGAAGAUGAAAAGGGGUCAAGUCGUUCCAAGUCUGAGCGGGAUUCCAGACAUACGUCUUCUAGAUCAUCUCGUUCUGACAGAGACAGAAGAAGGACCAAAAGUCGGUCACGGUCUAGAUCUCGAGGCUGCCGGACUAUUUCUUAUUCCAGGUCUGAAAGAUCGAGGGGUGAUAGACAGUCAAGAUCAGAUAGGUCACAUUACCAUGAUUCUGAGAGGAGAUUUCAUCGAAGUUCUCCUCAUCGCGAAAGGAGAAACUCACGUUCUCGAGGUGACGGCAGGUUGCGUGACAGCUCUGACUCAGAGGACGACCACAGGCGGAUGAGGACUAGAGGUAGUGACUCAAGUCGAUCGUCUAAUUACUCAAGCUCGCAAAAAGACUCAAAAUCAUCAACUCACUCCAGAUCCCACAGGGACUCAAAGUCCAUGGAUUGUUCUCGAUCAUCAGAGUCCGACAAAAGAACACAACAUUCAAAAUCAGAACGAUCUAAUGCAAAAAACGGUGACUCUGAAUCCAAUAAAAAGAGCUCUUCAGAAGCAGAUGCGGGUCACAGAAAAUCUAGUGCCCAAUCAAACUCCGAUAUUAAUGCUAAAACCUCAAAUUCCAACCUAGCUACCUCAUCGCGAACAUCUGAGAGGAGAGUCCAGAAGAACAUUGGCACUUCAGACUCCGAUGAAGAGCAUAGGAAAAAAUCUCAGUCACAAGCGUCAGACAGGAGUACCCGGAGUUCAUCAUCCAAAAAAACGGAUUCAGAUCACAAGACUUCAAAUAACAUAACUGGAACUGAGAGAAAAUCAACAGAUCGAUUAAGUUAUAAUAAAAAGCAGUCACGUUUAGUCUCCAGUCAACUUCUUCCUCAGCGGGAAUGCAGAGUUUACGUUGAACUUUUGAGCGAAAGCAGUAUUCAGUCUAAAUAUAAAUACAACUCCCAACAAAUUCAUGAAGAAACACACAAAACAACAGAUCAACUAGCUGAGCAUCAAAAUCCAAUCCAAAAUCUUUGUAGCAUGGAAAAUAGCACAGAUGUCUCAGAGACACAAAAGAAUGUUGAGAUAUUGACAGAAUGUAAUUCUAUUUGUAUAGAAGUUGAAAGUUCCAUUAAGAUUGAGAAAACCGAAAUGGAGGAUGAGACUCCUUUCCAAAGUGAAUCCUUGUCCGAAGAACAGACUGAUCCAGUUGUGCUCCACACUCCAGACCAGGAUCCAGUCGGAGCACUGUCAGACCCUCUUUCUGUGAAAGAAUCACCACCUGGAGGAUGCUUGAAACUAAACACUAAAUUGGAUGGCUCGUCGCUAAACAUCAUUAACAUUAGUAUGCCUGUCACACCAAGUACUUAUGAAAAAGACUCUGAGCAGCUUAAUGUAAAAUCUGAGCAACCCAGUUGUGGGAAUGUGAAAAAGGAUAGUAGUUCUAAAAAGUCAAGAUGGGACAUUGUUGGCCAAGACUCUUUAGAAUCUCAAAGCCCUCAGACAAUGGCAAGUCCAGAAACAGUUGCCUCUGUGAAAGAAGUCAUUUUAGUAAAGAAGAUUGAGGUCAUUAGUGAGACUAACCCUGAUGAAACUGAAUUACUGUCGAGUAAAUCUGUAGAAAGGCUAGAAAGAGAUGAGACUUGUCUUGAAUCUUGUCAACAAGAAAGUACUCAGAUAUCUGACCAUGACACUCAGUCCAGCAAUGGUGGAUAUGUCCAACCUCUGUUAGAUCAGAAUUUAGUAAUUCCUUCAAAUAGUGCCCCCUUUGAUGUUCCCCUUAAUUGUGGCUCUGCCAAUACUGAAAAACUGAACGUAGACAAACCUCUCUCUAAAACACAAGAUCCUGAUUCUUUAAAUCGUGAUAAUAAAUGCCACAGUGAGGACAGUGAGAGUGAAGAAUCAGACUCGGAUUCAGAUGAUGAACAGGUCUCCUUGAAACGACUGCACUCCGUGGUGGUUGUGCCAAAAAAUUCAACCAUUGCUCUUGAAGCGAAAGACUUUUCUGAACCGUCUUCUGGCUCCUUAGUACAACAGAAACCUUUCGAUACAGCUGAACCCCUAAACAGGGAGUUUGGUUAUAGUUUUAACUCCCAGUCAAAGCAUUCGGAAUUAUCCGCUUCACAUUUUAAGACCGGUAAGCGAACUGCCACGCUAUUAUCAGAUUUUAAAUGUCAGUCUGCUAGUGCGUUCUACCAAUCACAGAGCGACACGGUUGACAGCACCAGCCAUCCAGAAGCCACCCAUCCUCACAUGGACAAGAACUGGAAUGCCCAAGAAAGCAUUUACGCCCAAACAUCUGUUCAGAACUUUGAGAUGUCUUGUAGACAACCUGAAUCUGGCCACCAUCAAUACCACGAUCGUCCGGAUAGCUGGAAUGGGAGAAAGGGAGGAAAGCAGCUGUAUAAUGAUUUGGACUUAAGUGGUGGGAAGGGUUAUAAUUUGGCCUGGGACUUGAACCACUCAGAACAACCCACCAGCACAUUUCAGCAGCCGGACAGCAGUCAUGGCAACGAACGCCUGCCACAUCCGGGAAUUGCUGCUGCAUUUGACAUCGUUCACGGACAAGGUCCAUGGGCUCAGCCUGUUAUCUCUAAAACGAGCAAUUCAGUCAACAUGCACGUGCCUGCUCAGUAUCAUGAUUCAGUCAACCAGAUUCAUCCAGACUCCCUGACCAAUGAUCACGAUGAAGACUGUGAGGGAAGGGUAGUGGGGAUUAAGCGAGUCUCAGUCCCGACUGUGGAUCAUCCGGGGUCAUCCCCAUUUGUUCAAGCUCAUGAGAUAAGUAGCAAUUGCAGCUUUAUCCCAGAGGUUCAAAGCAACUUGGAAACUCCUAAAGAAGACAACCAGAAGCCUCAUAGAGGAAGGGGUCCACCCAAGAAGAGACGUCAAGACUUUGAGUCGGAAUCAGACAACGAAGCAGAGGCCGGUUUGACAAGUAAAAAAGAGUGUUUUGAUGAAAGGGGGCUGAAAGAUGGAAAGGAAUUGUUUGACCGAACACGGGAGGUUCCACGACCGCUGCUCAGUCUCAAAAACUUCCAUGAUCCAGCAGAGUGGAGGGAAAAAGCAAAGCAGAAAAAAAUGCCACCUUACUUUGACCUCAUUGAGGAGAAUUUGUAUCUGACUGAACGCAAGAAAAAUAAGUCUCAUCGUGACAUCAAGAGAAUGCAGUGUGAAUGUGCCGUCCUCUCGAGAGAAGAGCGAGCCCGGGGCAUCAUGGCAUGUGGAGAAGACUGUCUCAAUCGCCUGCUGAUGAUUGAGUGCUCUUCCCGGUGUUUAAAUGGAGCGUACUGCUCCAACCGUCGCUUCCAGAUGAAACGCCACGCAGGCUAUGAGGUCAUUUUGACCGAGAGCAAAGGCUGGGGUUUACGAGCUGCCAAAGAUCUGCCAUCGAACACCUUUGUUUUAGAGUACUGCGGGGAAGUUUUAGACCACCGGGAAUUUAAGGCACGGGUGAAGGAGUAUGCCAGAAACAAGAACAUUCACUAUUAUUUCAUGGCUUUGAAGAACAAUGAGAUCAUUGAUGCUACACUGAAAGGAAACUGCUCCCGUUUCAUGAAUCACAGCUGCGAACCCAACUGUGAGACUCAGAAGUGGACUGUGAAUGGUCAGCUCAGAGUUGGCUUUUUCACCACAAAAGCUGUGGCCGCUGGGACGGAGCUCACUUUUGACUAUCAGUUCCAGAGAUACGGGAAAGAGGCUCAGAAGUGUUUCUGUGGAGCUCCAAGCUGUCGAGGGUUAAUUGGGGGAGAGACUCGGGUCAGUGUUCGUGCAGCGGGUGGAAAGAAACAGAGGGAACGCCCACGGAAGAAAGACACUGAUAGUGCCCUUACCACGUUGGAUGAAGAGCUUGAGGCUCUACAGGAAAACGGGGAGGGCUUAUGUGGAGAGAAGGAUGUGAUCUUGCUCUGCAGGCUCAUGGUACGUGUGGAGACGAUGGAGCAACGACUCACCUGCCUUAAAGUCAUCACGAAUACCCAGAAUUCUUUGUGCCUGAAGCAGUUCUUGGAUCACCAUGGCCUCUCGCUGCUGUGGAUAUUUAUGGUUGAUCUAUCAGAGGCAAAGACCAAUUCUGUGAACAACAUUAAACUACAGCUAGAGAUAAUGAAGGCACUGGCAGUGCUGCCCAUCUCAACGAAGAACAUGCUGGAGGAGAGCCGUGUGCUGCAGUUCAUCCAGCGCUGGGCUCAGAGCCGGCCGCUUGUUCAACCUACAGAACAAGACGGCUACUCCAGUGAAAGCACCUCACGUGCCCAGACACCACUCAACACCCCUGAUGGUCCACCGGCCAAGCUGCCCACUGAGCUCGACGGAGACACCCCCAAGCGGGCGGUCUACCGUAGGCUGAAGAUCAUCAGCGAGAACAGUCUGGACAGUGCACUCUCAGAUGCUAGUAAAGCUUCCGAUGGCAAAGAAGAGGAGGAUGAGGAGGAAGAAGAGAUGGAGGAUGAGGCAUCACACUUGGAAACAUUGGAGAAAGUUGAAAGCAUUGAUGAGGUUCGAGUUGAGAUUGACCCCGUGGUGGAACAGGAAACACCUGAGGCUGCUGACAUCACACCAUCACAGCCAGAGGAUAUGAGCACUGAGGAUAUGACCACUGAGGAUGAGUCCCUUAAAGCGCAAGAAUCUGAAGAGAAACCUCCCUGUGAGACUGAAGAGCAACUGUCCACAGAGGAGAAUAAACCAACCCAUGAAGAAGAGAAGGUGAUGGAGGAGAUCAAGAUUGAGGAGCCAUCUGGGAAUUCUGAGUCCACACCAGCCGAAGAUCCUCCUGCAGUCACGGACAUUACUUCUGCAGAGGAUGUAGAUGAUAAAAAUGUUGAAACUCUUAUCGCAGAUGAACAGGUGGAGAAUGCACCUGAACAUUGCAGCUCAGAAGACAACACAACUUCUGAAGAGAUCACACCCACACAACCAUCAGAGAGCAUCUCCUCUGAAGCCACAGCUGUUGCCAUAGAGACUACACCCACAGAAUCUCCAUCCGUCUCUGUGGAGACGACUACACCUGCUUCUGACUCCGUUUCUUCAGUAAACGCAUUAUCGGAGCCUGUAGCGGCUCUUGGUCCUGCAGAUACUUUGGUGCUGGAUGCUGGGGUUGUUCCUGCAGAGGGCGCUGCAGUUGGAACUCCCUCGCAAGAUGAGGAGGAGGGAGUGUCUGAUGUAGAGAGCGAACGCAGUCAGGAGCCCCAAGUGCGGGCUUGUGACAUCAGUGACAUGGCCUCACGUCUGCUGGACAGCUGGAAAGACUUGAAGGAGGUUUACAGGAUACCGAAGAAGAGCCAGGUUGAAAAAGAGUCCAAUGAUCGGAGUCGUGAUCGGGAAGCGCUAAUGACCCCUCGCACGCCCUCGAGCAGUCGAGAGAGAGAGCGCGAACGAGAGAGGGAGCGCGAUCGAGAACGGGAACGAGAGAGAGAUUGGGAGCGUGAGCGAGACUGGGAUCGGGACCGUGAGCGUGAUGGAGAAAGAUCGACACUUCGUAGUGCAGAUAGGAAGCGAAGGCGAGGCUCCACCUCCCCUCUGCCGCCUCCAGUCUAUGAAAGGGGCAACCGCAGAAAUGACGACCGUUAUGAGCAGACCAGCAGCAGCAAGAAGAAACUGCACACCAAAGAGUCUCGUAACAAGCUGUCCACAGAGGAGCGACGCAAGCUCUUUGAGCAAGAAGUGGCACAGCGGGAAGCCCAGAAACAGCAACAGCAGCAGCAGCAGCAACUGCAGACGCUCGCGUUCAACCCGCUGGCCUACACCUCCAGCCCGGGCUUCAUUGGCUACCCGCCUGGAUACCCCAUCCAAACCUACAUAGACCCCACAAAUCCCAAUGCGGGAAAAGUUCUCCUACCCACACCUCCUUUAGACCCUCUUUGUGUCACAGCUGCUGACGGCACGGCCGUUACCUUUGAACAAGUGGCGACUCAGCCCAUCAUAUCUGAUCUUGGUCUGGCCUCACCCUCUUCUACAACCACCCCAGCUGGAGCUGCUUCCAGCCUGGCACACAUCCCUGCCUCAUUGGAGCUGGCAUCCGUCACGCCGACUCAGCAGUUUGUUCAGCCCGCUGUGCCGGUGCAGGAUCCAAGCGUGGCGGUCUUGUCUGUGCCUGUGCAAAUCCCCAGCCCGCAGGUUCAAAGUCAGCAAGGCUACACCACGCUCUGGGACCCCAACACACAGCAGGCGGUCACGGUGCAGACGCAACCCACCCAGCAGUAUUCCACUACAGCGCAGCCUCAGACCGCCAUUUACUAUCAAGGUCAGCCCUGCCAGGCCAUCUACAGCAUUCCUGCAGGAUACCCACAGACCAACACUCCUGUCAUACAGACGUACAGUGAGCCAGCCGCCAGUUACCUGCAUGGGCAGCAGGUGUACACAGGCCAUCAGCAGGGUGUGGUCGUGCAACAGGGAGGCACUGUCACAACAAUCGUCACAUCUCAGACCGUUCAACAGGAAAUGAUACCCAACAACAUUAUUGACCUACCACCCCCUUCCCCGCCCAAACCUAAAACCAUCAUCCUGCCGCCCAGCUGGAAGGUGGCACGUGACCAUGAGGGCCGAAUAUAUUACUACCACAUCAUCACCAGACAAACACAGUGGGAUCCUCCCAGCUGGGAUGGGACAACAGAGGAGGCCAGUGUAGAACACGAGGCUGAGAUGGAUCUCGGGACUCCCACAUACGACGAAAAUCCUUCAAAGUUCUCUACCAAGACGGCAGAAGCGGACACCUCCAGCGAGCUGGCUAAAAAAAGCAAAGAAGUCUUCCGUAAGGAGAUGUCACAGUUUAUUGUGCAAUGCCUUAAUCCGUAUCGCAAGCCAGACUGUAAGCUGGGCCGCAUCAGUAACACGGAUGACUUCAAACAUCUUGCUAGGAAGCUGACUCACGGGGUGAUGAACAAGGAACUGAAAUCCUGCAAGAACCCUGAAGACCUUGAAUGCAACGAGAACGUCAAACACAAGACCAAGGAAUACAUCAAGAAGUACAUGCAUAAAUUCGGCACCGUGUACCGGCCCAAGGAAGACACCGAGCUGGACUAAACUGCCCACUGCAAACCCAGGAACCUCCUGGCAGCUCUUUUCAACCACUGGCUACGAGCAGGUGGCCCAGACAGUUUCCGAAACAUCGGGCAGGAGCGAAGCGAGUCGUGUUGUUUGUUCCAUUGUCUUUCUAACCACGUCCUAAAUGCUGCUCUGGGCCGAGCUGUUCCUCACGGGGACGAUCUUUCGAUGAGAUUGGCCUGGCAGGAAACUGCUGCGCUGUGAAAUCCAGAGGUCACACACACACACACACUAAGGGUGCUACACAGACUCUAUCACAGGUUUCAUGAUUUUUUUUGUCUUAAAGACAUCUAAUUAUGAUCUAAAUAUGACGUGGUCGUCACAAUGGAGGGGAGCAAAGUCUUAAAUGUUCCCGACGUUACACGUUAAGUGGACCAUCUAAAGGCUUUUUCCCUAGUUUUUAUUAAGGGCUUUUGGUAGCUUUUCCGCUCCUUACUGAUAACAGUCAAGGCUGAUGAAGAAAGUUCUGGCGUGGCUGUGAAGACAGAUGCAAAGGAUUAUGGGGACAAAAGUGAGCCUUUAUUCAUAAUUUACUCAACAAUCCACAUAACUUUUCGUCUUCUGCGUGGGCUCACCCUGCUCCACAUUGUUUUAAUGGUUUUUAAACUAUGGCAUAGUUACAUUGAAGCGUGCAGGUCUGUGAUCUAACCCCAUUUGGUCUUGUCUUGUUUCUCCUCUCGAACGGGGGGAGAAGGUUAUGUAGCAAUGAUAUUUUAUCCAGGUCUUUCACACUGUUUUUACAUUAACAUUUUUAUUCAAUGUCGCAAAGGCAAAUGUGAAGCCUUCCGGGCAAUUCGAAGCUUGUUUUGUGGCCAUAAACUCUGGCCAUUUACAGACUCACCCAACAUAAAUUAACAUGCAUUAAAUCUGUAUUAUAUUGCUUUAUAUGUGAAUAUAUUGAGACCUAGUUUUUGAGACCAUUAGCUGAGACUUUGUAAAAAAAGACUGUUGGGGUCCACAAUUUCUUGUGUAAAUAUGUGUAAUUAUACUGAACCGGAAUAAUGGGAUUAGAAGGAUGUGCAUAGAUCCAAGUCCUCCGUCCUGUCAGCAUGACUCUGGUGUUCCCACAUCAAGCAGAAUUCCAGACUGGCCCACUGCUCCGUACGUUGGGUGGGGUUUUAAAGGUGGGGGUGUCAUUAACUUUUCUUUUUCCUUAGCUCUCUCUGUUGAAAGACUUGGGAUUGUUGUUUUUUAAGGACAAAUGGGAGUCUCACCCCACUCCACUGUAAGUACUGUGCAAGCACAUUGUCAUACUGCGUGUAAAAACAUUUUAAGAUAAAAUAAAUGGUUUUCUAAAAAUAA